AUGAAACCAAUUUCCAGGAUCUACGAUGAGGAGGUAACCAAGCUUCGAUCCGAUGAUUGGAACGACGACGCAGAGAACACAGUCAGACAACUACCCACCUUCCAGUCCACUAAGAAGUCACUGUAUAACGCUCGACGUACUCAGACUCCUCAGCUACCAAGGACCAUUCAGGACAUCAACCUAGAAGGAAAAUGGACCCAGACAACUGCCGGAGAGGAAUUCCUACUACUUGAUGAUGGUGACCAAUCCAGGAUUAUGGCCUUAGCGACAUCCGACAAUCUGAUAGACCUCUGCAACGCCGACACUCUCUUCUGUGAUAGAAUGUUUUACACGUGCCCGACUCAGUUUCACCAGAUCUACACCGUCCAUGCCAGGAUUGGAGACCAGAUGUACCCACUUUUAUACAGUCUUCUUCCCAGCAAGGGCCAGGCAACAUACCAAAGAUUAUUUACGUUCCUCAAGACCAAGAUGACAAAACUCAACCUACAACUCAAUCCCACCACCGUUUUCCUGGACUUUGAGGCUGCUGCCCAUAACGCUAUCUGCGCAGUGUUUCCAGCUGUGAGUUUGAAGGGCUGUUUCUUCCAAUAUACAAGUGUAUUUUGA